AUGAUUCUCAUGGUAGACAUCUCAAGACUACUAACCAAACGCGGGAUAACCGUCACAAUCCUACUCUCUCCCAAGAAUCACGACCGAGUUAAACCGACAAUCGAACGUGCGGUCGCCUCUGGGUCGUGCAUUCGCGUCUCCCACUUCAGAUUCCCGAGUGUCGAAGCCGGCCUUCCGGAAGGUUUCGAAAGUCUCGAGGGGAUUCUCUCGCUGGACGUCACGGUCGUGGCCACCCGGUUGGGAAUCCCGACGCUCGUGUUUCACGGGACGAGCUGCUUUGCAGUUGUCUGCAUGCACUUGAUGAAAGCCUCCAACUAUUUCGAAGACAUUGCCGCUUCGGAUACAGAGUAUUUCGUGCUGCCUGAGCUGCCCGAUCGGAUAAAGAUAACGAAGGCACAAAUUAGGGGCACGGCCGGCAAAAUGCCGCCCGAGUGA